AUGCGAUGCCCAAAAGAUAUUGGGCUUGGACAUCAGGCCCCUUCCCCAGGUGCCUGUGGCAGCAUCCUGUCAUUUGGAAUCGCGGGUUACCCUACCGGUGAAGUAAUGAACAUGAAUCUCUCUUGCAGUGUGGCCGAGAAGGGAGAGUGCCUAAAGGGCAAAGGGUGCUUGGCUGUAUGGAAGAGAAAAGACUUUGUCGAAGGUCACAUACACUAA